AUGUCAUGGUCAUUCGAUAGUCAAGCAAAAAUGCCCGCCUUUCUGGCGCUCCUGCCACUUGUUGGCCUCCUCUCUGCCUCGCAGUCCCGGGCGGAUGAUAUCGUCAUCUAUGCGGACAACGCUCUCGCUGCUGGUUGGGAAAAUUGGAGUUGGGGAAGCGACAUCAACUUUGCGGCAACGGACCUGUUUGAAGGAACAAGUAGUGCCUUCAUAAACUCCUCGGCCUGGAGUGCACUGUCGACCAAGUUAGAAGGCACAUUCCCUAACUAUGCCGGUCUCAAAUUUGACAUUGCUGGAAGCCAACCCGACUUAACUAUCACCAUACAGUCGAGUACGGACGGAGCCGUCUCACCCAACAUCCUUCUUUCAUCCAUCAGCAACACCAUCACCCCCAAUGCGUUCACAACCGUCUUGAUCGACUUUUCGAAUUUGCCUGGUAGUGGAGCGGCUUUGGGACCAGGCACAUGGGACCGAAUUGUUUGGCAAGGAGGAGCAAAUGGCGCGGCCUACCACAUUGACAACAUUGUCGUCGUUCAAUCCAUCGUCGUUACCCCACUCUUCCUCUCCGCCGAGCCGUUGGCCGCCAACACUAUCGCUGUAACGACACAAGGCGCUGUUGACUUUUCUACGUUCACCGUCUCACUCAAUGGCAAAGCAGUCAAGAUCUCAAAUACCACUUCCUAUGUCCCAGUCGGCACUCCCUCAAAGAGCGUUACAUAUCUCACCCUUAACACCCUCUUUGUUCCUGGAACACUUUUAAUCAACACCGGUGUUGAAAAUGGUGGUAACCAGGUCUUCAACGUCACUCUUCCUGCUGUCCAAUAUGUCAGCAUCGUCCCUGGGGUCAACUACACAAUAUCUCCCGCCAUCUACGGUGUCAAUUUCCCGUCCUCCUCUCAAUAUGUUCAAGAUCUCGGCAUCGGAAUUUCUCGCUGGGGAGGCAAUGCUGUCACGGCAUAUAACCCUAAUGGUCACUUCACGAAUGCGGGGAACGACUGGUACUUUGAAAAUCGUGUGGCGGACCCACCAGAUGCAGAUGCUUGGGUAAACAUGGUGAAUACCGGUGGUUCGAGCUCUUUCUUGGUCGUCCCUUCAUUGGAUUGGGUUGCAAAAGACGGGUCCUCGUAUUCUUAUCCUGCAUCCGUCUAUCCCGGGCAAGCCAAAACAGAUCCUUUCAACAGUGAUGCUGGAAAUGGACAACUCCCGAACGGCUCAUGGAUUACAACUACCCCUUCGCAGACUCGUGCAUAUACGCCGUGGAACACCGAUAUGGCCAAGACGUGGCUGCAGGGUCUUGCCAACAAACCCGACAUCAUUGCUGUUGAUAACGAAAUCGAAAUUGCAGCGUCCACUCAUCAGGACAUGCACCCAGACCCAAUCAACUACGACGAAGAGCUAGCACGUGUGGUCAACACCUCUCUGGCUGCAAAGGCAGCGCUUCCGAAUGUCAAAGUUGCCGCACCCUCCACUUGUGCUUGGUGGUUUUACUGGACAAGUAUGGUUGGCUAUACCGACAACGCUGCCCACAACAAUAUCGACUUCCUGCCAUGGUUCCUGGCACAGAUGGCCACAGCCGAAAAAAACCACAAGAAGAGGUUAUUAGACUAUCUCGACAUCCACUUCUACUACCAAGCAGACACGAGCGCCAACGAUGCUGCUGCGAAAGCACUGAGACUGCGUAUGACCCGUGCAUUAUGGGACACUACUUAUGUCGACGAAUCCUGGGUCGGCGUUGAGCCCCAGCAAAACCACCAAUGGAAUCCGACGCGCAUGUCCGUCAUUCCGCGUUUCCGCACUCUCAUCGACAUCAACUAUCCGGGCACCAAGCUCUCCAUCAGCGAGUGGAACUCGCAAGCAGACACGGACCUCACUGGUGGCUUGCAUGCUGCGGAUGUUCUUGGCAUCUUCGGUCGCGAGAAGGUCGAUGCGGCCAUGUACUGGGGCACAGUCGACGAGAAUGGACCGAUUGGGCUGGCCUUUUGGCUGUACCGAGGUUUUGGUACAACAUUCGCCGCCAACAGCGCACAGGUCAACCUCGCAACUCCACUCCCCGACACCCAGGGGGUCUACGCAGGCACCGAGAAGGGCAAGCUUACACUGGUCAUCAUCAACAAAAACCCCGAUAAGCCGAUCGCAUUCCAGGUCAGCAACCUGCCCAAGGGAAAGUAUUUCCUGCGGCACUUCGGUGGGCAGGCGGGUCUGGCGAAGUGGCAGACGAAUAUUGCGGUCACGUCGAUCGACUACAUCGUCGUUCCAGCUUAUACGGCGGUGUUCUUCAAGCAGAGCUGA